UAAAUUUCUACAUGGUAUCAGAGCAAGGUUAAGCACUUAGUAUUUUUCGUUUCACCGGCGGGCGGCAACCUCGCCUUGGCCGCCCGCCGGACCUCAACCUAUUCCGCUUAUUUUCUACACAUACCUUCCCAUCACUGCCUAAAUCCUCUCUCUUGAGGCCAAUGUGAAUUCCUCUUCUUCAUAAUCUGCACUAACUGUGGCAUCUUUUCCUGGGGAAAACUCUCCAACCCAACACUCAAUCUAUGCUUCUCCUCCAUGCUCAUUUGCCUCUUGUUAGGAUCCUUCGCCUUCGGCUUUGGUUUGGGCUUCGCCACAGCCUUGAGCUUCACUGCAGCUUUCAGCUUCACGGCAGCCUUCGGUUUCACAGCAGCUUUUGGCUUGGCCUUUGCCGCUGGCUUGGGCUUCACAGCGGCUUUAGCUUUUGGCGCAGCAGCUUUUGUCUUAGCCGGAGCCUUCUUCUCCUUUUUCGGUUUUACAGCCUUCGGCUUUGCAGCAGCCUUCGGCUUUGCUUCCCUCUGGUGGCUCCCCAGGUUCCACCUGAGCUGCAUGAUUCAUUUAUAGCUGCAAUUGAUAAGGGAAGUAUUAGAACAAUGCCCAAUAGAAGUAUGCCAGCUGCUCCUUACCCUACUCCUGGAGCACUAUUAAUAGGUGAUGCUUUCAACAUGCGUCAUCCUUUAACUGGUGGAGGAAUGACUGGAGCCCUAUAUAAGGUGUUUUGUGCAUCUCCUGAUCAAGCAAGGAAGGAAAUGCGUGAAGCAUGUUUUGAUUAUUUGAGCCUUGGAGGUGUGUGUUCAACAGGACCAGUGGCUUUACUCUCUGGUCUAAAUCCUAGCCCAUUGAGCUUGAUACUCCAUUUCUUUGCUAUAGCCAUAUAUGGUGUUGGCCGUCUCUUGCUACCAUUUCCUUCCCCUAAGCGCCUGUGGAUAGCAGCUAGAUUAUUUUUGGGUGCAUCGGCUAUCAUUUUUCCCCUCUUUCUCUCACAUGGGCUUGUCCCCUCUCUCUCCUCCGUUUGAUUUCAAAAUCCAUUAUUUUUAUUUAUUUUCUCCAAACCACUUUCCUUAUUUCCCCCAUCUUUCAUUUUGAUUUCAAAUAUAUUUUUAUUAUUUCUUUCUUUAUUU